UGUGAAAGCUCAACGGGCACGCCCCACCCACCACCACAGACCAAGUCCACCCCCGGCCAAGGACUCGCUACGCGUGUUUUUCGCAGUGUAUUUAAUAAAUAACUAACCAAACCAAACAAAACAGAAAAAAAACAAAAUGAGCAAGCUGCUGACUUCCGCUGACAUUGAGGAUGGCAAAGUUGAGUUUGACAAGUCGACAGGUGCCAGCACCCAGUACAAGUUGAUUGAGGGUGGUUAUGAGAUGAUCAUUACCACUCCGCAGCCGAAUGGUACAGUGAAGACUCAGGUGAAGACCUUCUGGGAUCCCAAGCCGGUGAGUGCCGAUGAUUUGGCCAAGGAGCAGGCCAACAAGAAGAUCAUCAAGCAACGUUUGGGCAAGGAGAUUCGCAUUGAUGAGAGAACCACCAUGUUGACACGUGCCAUCGAGGGCGGUUACGAGGAGGUGUACACCACCGUCAAUGAGGAUGGUACACGCAGCAUGCGCACCAAGACCUUCUACGAUUCGGUGCCCACGGAAAUCAAUGAGAAUACCAACACCAAGGUGAAUAAGCUCAAGAAGAAUGUGACCCGCAAGUCUUCAGUGGAUUCCACAGACUCCACGGAGUCAUCCUCGCGUCGUGUGGUGCAAAAGGUGCAGAAGAACAUCGUGCAGAAUGUGAACGAUCAGCAGUCCAAUUAUCGGGAGGAUACAACCAUCGAGGAGACCCGUCGUGUUAGCCAGAACAUUGAGAUCACCGAGAAUAAUCGCACUGUGCGCAAGAAUUCUCUGCAGGAGCAGAGCAUCAAGGCUGUCACCCAGAGCACCAGUGAUGCUGGCAAGAAGAAGAAGAAGACCAAGUCAUCGGCACCACCACCACCAGCUGACUUCCUCCAGAACGAUACCACAAGCGUGGCCUCCAAGCGUGUUCCUGGAGGCGUUGAGUACACCUACUCAACCGAGUUGGAAUCGGGCAAGACAAUUACCACCUCGAAGACCGUCUACGAAGAGGAGGAGGUGGAGCUCACUGAGGAGGAGAUCAGGCAGUAUAAGAAGACCCUCAAGGAUGCCGAGAAGCACAAGAAUGUCACCAGCACCAAGAAACUCAAGUCCGAAUCGGGCACCAAGAAGAUCGUGCCAUCGGAGAAUCCCGGUGAUGUCACCACCGUGGAGACCAUCAAGAUUGAGGGCGGCACCGAGUAUCAUUACACCACUGUCACCGCCGAGGGCAUUGUGAAGAAGGCAACCAAGACUGUCUACGAUCCUGUGCCCAGCUCCAAAUCGAAUCCCGAUGACACCGACGAGGAGGAGAUCAUCGAGGAGUACGAGGAGGAAAUCAUUGAGCCCGGCGAGAAGACAGUCAAGACCAUUGAGACUGUCAAGCAGUUGCCCCACAAGUUCGAAGAGGAAGUGACCAUCACCCAUGAAAAGAAGGAGAAGAAGAUCAAGAAGUCCAUGGUCAUCAGCCAGUAAAGCUCUCGUGUCACACAACAACACACACAACCAACACACACUCUCACACAAGCUAGCUUUCGAUAAGGCAUCAGUUUGGAAAUUAUGGGUACCCCUAAUAUAUAUCUCAGUAUCUCAGCGCCCUGUUCAGCUAUUUUCGAGUAGAGAGAAGUCUUUUUGUAAAAUCUAAACAUAACAAAAGCAAUUUGUAUUACGUUUAAAAUUCUAUAAUUCAUCUAUGAUUCAAAACUAACUUAAUAAUAGUCUACAAUUUGUUUGUCAAUAAACUGUUUUGAGUUGA